GUCAAAGUACUAAUUAUGUACUUACUGUAGCAGUACUUCCUUACCCGACGACCUCUUCUCUCGUCAUGCCCUAACUUGCAGAAGCGCAGAACCGCUUCCUGCUGUGCUACCCAUCGUAUUAUUUCAUCUUUUGUACCCUAAAAAUCUUCUAUACCCUUGCCUACCAUUCCUUGCAAUUACCAGAUAACAUUCCUCGGUUACGAUUACCAGCAAUUUCAGUUGACCGUCGGUAGCAAUUUGAUAAUUCUUGUUGCUAAUACUAGUAUUUGGUACAUAAUUGCUAGUGCAUAGUGGUGGUGUAUCAUAUCACAGCGUUCACUACAGGCAGUGGGACGCCCUUCAUUUUCUUUCUCACUCGCAUUCCCCCCGCCCCCUCUCUCCAAAAAACCCCCGGGGCCAAAAACAGGCCAUUUUUCUGCAAAUUAAGGUAGUAAUUUUGUUGCUGAGAUAAAAGUAAAACAAAAUUCAGGUGCCAAAGUGAGGUCAGGUUGAUGGAAGGUAAUUCAGGCGGCACCGGCGGCGGCGGUGGUAAUGAUGUUGAGCUUCUCUGCAAGACUUUACAGGUGGAGCACAAGCUGUUCUACUUUGAUCUCAAGGAGAAUCCACGGGGACGCUACCUCAAGAUCUCUGAAAAGACGUCAGCCACUAGGUCCACUAUUAUCGUCCCCUUCGACGGCAUCUCUUGGUUCCUCGAUCUUUUUAAUUACUACGUCAAUUCUGACAAACAGGACGUCUUCAGCAAAGAGCUCCAGCUCGAUUCCAAGGUGUUUUACUUCGAUGUUGGAGAAAACAGGAGGGGACGCUUUCUCAAGGUUUCUGAAGCCUCUGUAAGCAGAAACCGUAGUACUAUAAUUGUUCCUGCUGGAAGUGCUCGAGAUGAAGGCUGGGCGGCUUUUAGGAACAUUUUAGCUGAGAUAAAUGAAGCAUCAAGGCUUUUUAUCCUGCCGAAUCAGCAGCAAAAUUCUGAAGCCUCAGAACGUCUUGUUGGGCUGUCAGAUGAUGUUGGGGCUGGCUUUAUAUCUGGCCACAGUUCUCAACCUACGGCAUCUGAUUUGACUGUGGACCGCACCAUAGAUUUGCCACCACCUGAUGAAAUUGGUAAUCCAGGUGUCUCAAAAGUGAUCAGGGCUGAUCAAAAGAGAUUCUUUUUUGAUCUUGGAAGCAACAACAGAGGCCAUUUUUUAAGAAUAUCUGAGGUGGCGGGUUCUGAUCGCUCCUCAAUCAUCCUCCCUCUGUCAGGAUUGAAACAAUUUUAUGAAAUGGUUGGUCACUUUGUGGAGAUCACAAAGGAUCGCAUUGAAGGUAUGGCUGGGGCAAACGUUCGGACAGUUGACCCACCUCAAAGAUAAUGAAGAUUGCUUGAGGAUUUCAGAAUGAAGCUGGCGAGUCCCGAUAAACUGGGGAUUCUGUGUGAUCUCAUAUUGUGGUUAGGUAGGGUUGCAUUGUGAUGUCUUUGUCGAAUUCUUCUUUCAUUUUAUGUCAUAAAAUUUUUGAAUAAUUGGGUAUCUAUUGCAAAUAGAGCUCAUUUGCACUUGUAGUAAGGUUGAUUUGGAUGGGGAAUAACAAAGAAAGAACCGUAAACUUGUUAUUUACUACACACACAUUUAGCCACUUUAUAAGUCAAAGCGCUUCAUUGUCC